GAUCUUGUGAAGUAGUGUACCAUCAAUGAUGGCAGAACAUCCACCCUUACUGGAUACCACUUCGAUUAUAAGUAGUGAGAUCCCUCUGCUAACUUCCCCUAUUGUUAGUGGGGAUGGAGCACAGCAGGUUAUUCUUGUGCAAGUUAAUCCAGGGGAAGCAUUUACAAUAAGAAGAGAAGAUGGACAGUUUCAGUGCAUUACAGGUCCUGCUCAGGUUCCAAUGAUGUCCCCAAAUGGUUCAGUGCCUACUAUUUAUGUGCCUCCUGGAUAUGCCCCACAGGUUAUUGAGGACAACGGUGUUCGAAGGGUUGUGGUGGUUCCCCAGGCUCCAGAAUUUCAUCCUGGUGGUCACACAGUGAUACACAGGCCUCCACACCCCCCACUGCCAGGCUUCCUUCCUCUUCCAGCCAUGAUCCCCCCUCCACCACGGCAUAUAUACUCGCCUGUGACCGGAGCUGGUGAUAUGGCAACGCAGUACAUUCCCCAGUAUCACACCUCACAAGUAUAUGGUGAUCUGGAUACUCUGCCUGCUCAUGGAAGAUCCAACUUCAGAGAUGAAAGGUCUAGUAAAACAUAUGAAAGGCUGCAAAAGAAACUGAAGGAUAGACAUGGCACUCAGAAGGAGAAGUUAAACAGUCCUCCAUCAUCCCCUCAGAAAUGUCCUUCUCCUACAAAUGAGCAUAAUGGACUUGCAAAAGGACAGGAUGCAGGCAGUAUAAGCACAGGUUCUGCCAAAAGCAAGUCUUUGGGUAAAGGAAAAAGCAGUUCUCAUACAGAGACAGAGGUAGAAGAAAAGGAUGAAGAAACAAAAGCACUUGAAGCACUUCUCUCUACCAUAGCCAAGCCAGUGGUAUCAGACAUUCAGGCAAGAACAGCACUGCUUAUGUGGUCCCCUCCAUCCAGUGACACCGGAGAAGAUGCUGACAAGAGUCAUGUGCCAGAUGCUUAUACUUAUGAAGUGAUGAUUUCCAACACUGGAAAAGAUGGGAAGUACAAAACUGUAUACAUUGGAGAAGAGAAUAAAGUUACUGUAAAUGAUCUCAGGCCAGCAACUGAUUACCAUGCAAAGGUCCAAGUAGAGUGCAACUGUGUGAAGGGGAGCCCUUCAGAAGCAGAGAGCUUUACCACAGCAAGCUGUGAACCUGAUCCUCCGAAUUUGCCCAGGAUAACCAAUCGGACCAAAAAUUCUCUCACUCUGCAGUGGAAGGCAUCUUGUGACAAUGGUUCUAAAAUCCACAGUUACCUUUUGGAAUGGGAUGAAGGAAAAGGAAAUGGAGAGUUUUGCCAGUGUUAUUACGGCCAACAGAAGCAGUAUAGGAUUACUAAACUAUCACCAGCAAUGGGAUACACCUUUAGGCUAGCAGCCAAAAAUGACGUGGGAAUGAGUGGUUUUAGUGAAGAAGUCCUGUAUCAUACCUCAGGCACUGCCCCAACCGCACCAGCAAGUCCUUUGCUGAUUAAUGCUGGAGUUACUUGGUUAUCCCUACAGUGGACAAAACCCUCAGGAACACCAUCAGAUGAAGGAAUCUCAUACAUAUUGGAGAUGGAGGAUGAGAACUCAGGAUAUGGUUUCAAGCCAAAAUACGACGGUGAGGAUCUGACCUACACGGUGAAGAAUUUGAGGCGCAGUACGAAGUACAAAUUUAGGGUCAUUGCCUAUAACUCAGAAGGGAAAAGCAGUCCAAGUGAAACAGUAGAAUACAUUACUUGUCCUGAUAAGCCUGGAGUACCUUCAAAACCCACUGUGAAAGGAAAAGUUCAUGCACAGAGUUUUAAAAUCACCUGGGAUCCACCAAAAGACAAUGGAGGAGCAGCAAUAAAUACCUAUGUUGUGGAGAUGUCUGAAGGCUUAAAUGGGAACAGAUGGGACAGAAUAUACAGCGGAGCUGCUAGGGAGCACGUGUGUGACCGACUGAGCCCUGGCUGCUCCUAUCGCUUACGUGUGUACUGCCUUGGGGAAGGAGGACAGAGCACGGCCUCCGAUUCUUUACUGGUACAAACACCAGCAGUGGUUCCUGGUCCAUGCCAGCCUCCAAGGCUACAGGGUAGAACAAGAGCAAGAGACAUUCAGCUGCGCUGGGGACCACCUCAGGUAGAUGGCGGCUCACCCAUCACCUGCUAUGGUCUGGAAAUGUUUCAGGCAGAAACUGAUGAACACAGAGAGGUUUACCAAGGCUCUGAUGUUGAGUGCACAGUGGGCAGCCUCCUUCCAGGGCGGACGUACAGCUUCCGGCUGCGAGCAGCUAACAAGGCUGGGUUUGGACCUUACUCGGAAAAAUGUGACGUGACGACAGCGCCUGGAGCGCCGGAGCAGUGCAGGCCCCCUCAGGUGUCAUGCAGAUCUGCUGCCUGUGCUCAGGUGUCCUGGGAGGUUCCAGCGAGCAACGGAGCUGAUGUCACGGAGUAUCGGCUGGAGUGGGGCGGUGUGGAAGGAUGCAUGCAGAUCUCCUAUUGUGGGCCUGGGCUCAACUGUGAAAUUAAAGGGCUUUUGCCUGCCACUAUAUACUACUGCAGGGUUCAGGCGGCAAACGUUGCAGGUGCAGGCCCUUUCAGUGAAGUGGUGGCAUGUAUGACUCCAGCCUCAGUACCUGCAGUCGUGACUUCUCUUCGAGGCCUAAGUGAAGAUGAAGUUGAAAGCCCACACUAUUCUUCUUCCACAUGCCUUCCUAUAAGCUGGGAAGAACCUUGUGACCAUGGAUCUGAAAUCCUUGGCUACAGCAUAGACUUUGGAGAUAAGCAGCCAAUAACUGUUGGGAAGGUUCUGAGCUAUAUUAUCGAUGGCUUACAACCAGAUACUACCUACAGAGUACGAAUUCAAGCCCUAAACAGCCUGGGAGCAGGUCCCUUCAGCCACACCAUAAAACUGAAAACAAAGCCUCUCCCUCCUGCCCCACCUCGCCUGGAAUGUGCUGCCUACAGUUCCCAGACCCUCAAGCUGAAGUGGGGAGAAGGAACUGCAAAAGCAUUGACUGACUCCAUUCAGUAUCACCUUCAAAUGGAGGAUAGGAACGGCAGGUUUGUGUCCCUAUAUAGAGGACCAUGCCAUACAUACAAAGUACAAAGACUCAGUGAGUCCACCUCAUACAGAUUUUGUAUUCAGGCCUGUAAUGAAGCUGGUGAGGGUCCCCUGUCUCAAGAAUAUGUUUUCACUACUCCCAAAUCUGUUCCAGCUGCCUUGAAAGCCCCAAGGAUUGAGAGAAUAAACGAGCACACUUGUGAAAUCACCUGGGAGGUUCUGCAGCCCAUGAAGGGUGAUCCAGUUAUCUACUGUCUCCAGGCCAUGGUGGGCAAAGACUCGGAAUUCAAGCAGGUCUAUAAGGGUCCGGACUGCUCCUUCCGCUACGCAGGCCUGCAGCUGAACUGUGAAUACCGUUUCCGCGCCUGUGCCGUUCGGCAGUGCCAAGAGCCAGGAGGGCAUCAGGACCUGGUAGGCCCCUACAGCUCCCCAGUGCUAUUCAUCUCUCAGAGGACUGAACCGCCGGCCAGCACCCACAAGGACACUGUGCAGACCACAAGGACACAAUGGUCACAGAGCGACCAAGUGUGCGCUGCCGUCAUCCUUGCACUUUUUGCUAUCUUUUCCAUUCUGAUCGCUGUUAUCAUUCAGUACUUUGUAAUAAAGUGAAGAGAAAGAGGUUCCCUUUAGAAUGCUGCCCAUUACAUUUUCCUUUCUCAUACUCUGAAAGAAAUUCUGCUCUCUUGCUUUUACAAAACCAGGCAUUUAGCACCUCCAUUGGGACUGAUGCAAACCUUUCCAGCCACUUGAGAAUGCUUUACUGGUAGGUAGAGGCUGACACUUGUUAGUACAAAGCAAGCCACACAGAUAGGCUCUUUGCUUUCCUAUGCCUUCUUGCAGUACAAACUCUAGCUGGGGCAGGCAAGCAGUGUCCAGUGAAAAGGCUUUGU